CGCCAGACGAACACGGUUUACCUAUGUUAAGCAUCAGCUUUCUUUUAAAAUAUCAAUACAGCAAUCUGAUUUACGGUCUGUUUGAAGAUUUCACGGGUAAGUACCGCAACUAUAAGUAUGUAAAGUCGCCGUACAGUCUCGCGUGAGGAUAUAUGAAAAGUUCGUCCGUGAGUUCUGAGAAGUAGGUCGCCAUUCUCUUCUGGUUGUCAUUUGGCGAUUGAGCGUAUAGUCAAGUAGUAUUGCAAGCCUUACGCCUUUUCUUGUAUUCAAGUUUACAGUCUGAAAAGAAUUUUCAUUUGUAUUGAAGAUAAAAUGAAGUUAUUGACUAAGAUAAUUAUUGUAUUGUUGGUGAGUUACGUGUCAGCUCGUAGUUAUGGCAAGACCACACAAUUCAAGUUCCGUGGACUUAUGGCACCAGUCUAUACGCCUUUCAAAAAACUUCGUUUCAGGAGUUUAGAUUUGUCGGUUAUUCCAAAGUAUGCCAAAUUUUUAGCGUCCAAAAAUAUCAACGGCAUUUUAGUUGGUGGAACGACCGGAGAAGGACUUUCUUUGUCAGUCAACGAAAGGAAAAAACUUGCUGAAGCUUGGGCUGAUGCGGCAAAAGAUAAUAAACAACAUUUGAUGAUACACGUUGGUGGCGUAGCUUUGGUAGAUGUAAAAGAACUUGCAGCCCACGCUGAAAGUAUAUCUGUAGAUUCUUUGUUGUGCUUACCGGAUUUGUAUUCCAAACCAGCAAAUGCGGAAGCAUUGGUCAACUAUCUGCAAGCUGUCAGUGAAUCUGCCCUCAACACCCCAUUAAUUUAUUAUCAAUCAACCGGUGCACCUACCAAUGUUAAAGCUAGCGAUCUCCUAAAGUCCGUUGGUGAUAGGAUUCCAACUUUUGCCGGCGUAAAACUAGACAGCAGUGACAUCAAAGAUGGAGUAAACGCGCUGGCAGUCGCAAAUAAUUUUGCUGUGAUAUAUGGCAGUAAAAUGCCUAUGCUAGCAGGCUGUGUAGUUGGAAUAGAGACAUUCAUGACUGGUACAUUGAACUUCGUGCCUGAAAAUUCAUUCAAAAUAUUAGACUUCUGUCAUGGAAAGGGCGAUUUUAAAACUGCUCAGGAAAGUCAAAAUUUCCUUUCUGCUCUUGAAAGAACAAUAACCGCAUACGGUAACAAUAUUGCAGCUAUGAAAACUGCGACAAGUCUUAUAACGAAAAUUCCAUUAGGACCAGUCCGAGCGCCAUUAAAACCUUUGCAACAGCAAGAAGUCGACGCUAUGGCAGAACAGUUAUCGAAAAUUGGUUUAAUAUCAAAUUAA